UAGAUAAUGUAUGUGUGCCACCUGUUUAUUAAAAAUAUUGCUGGAACGUUUUGACUUUUAUGAGGAUAAGGAAUUUACAGGAAAAGUUACCGCCUUUAUUGGUAAUGGACAGUGUUGUGAAAGAAGGCAAACUAAUAAAAAUAAUCACAGGAAGACGAAUGUGUGAGUACAGGGCUGGCUAGAAAAAACAGAAUACUAGAAAUGUAAAGAAAAGCGUAAUUUUAAAAAUAUGUAUAUUUACAUAUUAUCUACUUGUUUAUCACAACCUUUUUAGAUUGAGAUAAUGUCCUGCCACCCAGUAUUGACGGAAACUGCCGUAAAGAAUGCAUUGCAUUAUGACAAAGGAGAAGACGCACAGUUCCUCUCGUGGGCCAUAGAAGAUUUUCUUGGACAGGGCGACAACUAUGCCAGCACUGUUACUAGCGUGAGAGUAAAGUAUACUCAAAAUGGGGAAGACAAGGAAGUAACGUAUAUUGUCAAACUGAAGAAGAAAAGGGAAGGUGGUUCUUCGUCUUAUUUCGAUGACAUGACGUUUGAGAAGGAAGGCAGAUUUUUAACUGAACUUUGUCCUUUGUUGGAUGCUGAGCUGUUGGCAGUUGGAUUGACUCCUUUGAAAGUGCCUCGCUGUUGCCAUUCUUCUUGGUCCGAGAAUCAAGAUUUUCUCUUUCUGGUUGAUUUACGACCUAUAGGAUUCAAACGCUACGACCGCAAGAAAGUAGUGGAUGACUCUCAUGCAAAUCUUGUACUCCAAGAAUUGGCCAAGCUACACGGCAGUGCUCAUCCACAUUUCAUCUCCUGGUUCAAGGACGGCGAAGGUUCGAUUCGACUUCUUCGAGGCUGCGAAAAUUUAGAGGAGCUACUCGAAAAGGGGUAUGAUGCAAAGGAGAAUCCUGUGGAGGUUCUCUUUUUGGAUUUUCAGCUGUGUCGUCAGGCGUCUCUAGCUGUUGAUUUGAAUUAUUUUCUCUUCUCGAACUUCGACCGGAAGGACAGGAAGCAGAAAAUGGGACAGUAUCUGUCACUUUACCACUCGGCUUUUGCGAAGGUGUUGGCAUCUGCUUCAUUAACCAUGCCAUGCACCAUAGAGGAAAUCACCGAGGAAUUCAAGCGGAAGAACACCUAUGGGAUUAUAUGUGGCUCAAUCCUCAUUCCUCUCCUUGUGUCAGAGACGCAAGAAGUAAUCGAUUUUGUGCCUUCUGGUGGUCGUGCGAAAGACUAUGUAGAAGAGCUACGUCAAAAUUCUGUUAGAAUGGUAGCCAAUAAUCCGUUGCUAAAACCACGGAUGAGCGAUUUAUUCGAAGACUUGAAAGAGUGUCACGGAUUAUAAUCAUCUCUGAUAGUAAUCUGCUUGUAUCUGUUUUGAUUAAGGAUAUAUUGCUAAUAAUAACAGUGGAAUGUUAGAGGCUAGGUAUAGAAAUGAUUAAAUAAGUUCGAAGUGAAUUAGGAGGUAAUAAAUGAAAAGGAAGAUGUGCAGUGUUAGAAAUUGGGAGUAAAGACUAUCUGAUUAAGUGACCCAUCACUGAUAUUACAUAUUUUACCUUUUUUUGGUAAUUGAUAGGAGAGUUCGGUCCAUUGUUUUGCGAUGAGGUGUAUACAAGGACAAUUUGCUUUCAUUCUAGAUGAAAUAUAAAAUACCUUAGAUAUUGUUCACUGUUUUAAAUCGAGGAAAGAGGUCUACAUGAGACGGGUCAAUUAAAGGGUUUGCUACCCAGCGCGAUGUAUCUGGUGUCAGGAAUCGGAGACUAUAGUUUCUCAUCCUUGUUCUUUAUUGAAAUAGGUCGGGAGCAUUUCCAAUUUGGAUGUUUAUAUAUAGUUAAUAUGUUCGGUAAAAGUAGCAAAUCCAUAUAUCUCGCCAUUGUAACGAUGAUGCAUCCUAAUUUUUGAGUGUCAGAAGUAAUACUUCCACGGUGCAAGAAGUAAAUAUAGCCGAUAGCUAUUUCCAUUAAAAUAAACGAUAAACGUUUUAUAGCGAAAAUAACAUAUUUUGCACUAGUAGAACUGUCAUUUUCAGUCAUAACUUAUUAUUUAAAUUUGAUAAACUAUCUUUUUUUCAAAAUUGGUGGUAUAGAUUCUUUGUUCUAUAAAUAAUGCUAAAGGCUUUUACGAAAUUAAUUGUUAAAUAAAUAAUGCUUACCUUUCUCUUCCAAAGAGAAAGGUAAGUAUUAUUAAUUUAAAAAUCCAGGUUAGAAUUUACUAUUGUUACAUGUAAUUCUGCUAAUAUGAUUUUCACGGCUCGGGAUUCUCCACAGAACAUAACUAUAUUGGAGAAAGUACAUUACCUCAUGCUUUUUUUUUUUUAAAGAGAACUUAAACGUGGAUAUAUGCAUUUGACUGUAUGUAUAAGAGUAUAAAUGUAUACAUUCAUAUGUAAACAAUAUAUAUUUAUCCCUAAAUUUGUAUGCUAUAUCCAUAUAUGUCAAUUGAAAUAUGCGUAUAUAUUUAAUAGUCAAAUCCUUUGUUCCGUGUGAAAGUGUUGGGCGGAAAAAUCAAACUACAAAAUAAUAGAUUGUAACUC